AUGGCCGAUGAAGACGUUGCUGCCUUGGUUGUGGAUAAUGGCUCUGGUAUGUGCAAGGCCGGUUUCGCCGGAGAUGAUGCUCCUCGUGCAGUGUUUCCUUCCAUCGUUGGCCGUCCAAGGCAUCAGGGUGUGAUGGUUGGUAUGGGUCAGAAAGACUCGUACGUCGGCGACGAAGCUCAGAGCAAGAGAGGUAUUCUGACUCUCAAAUAUCCCAUCGAACACGGCAUUGUAACAAACUGGGAUGACAUGGAAAAGGUAAGUCAAUCUCUUAGUGCAAACAUUGAAGUCGAUUUUUUUUUACCCGAGAUUUUCUUGAAUUUCAGAUCUGGCAUCACACCUUCUACAACGAGCUGCGUGUGGCUCCCGAGGAACACCCAGUUCUUCUGACUGAAGCUCCUCUCAACCCAAAAGCCAACAGAGAAAAAAUGACACAGGUAAAUGUUUUAAUUUGACUUUCAACCUAAACUGUACAAAUCCCGCUACAUAUGAAACUUAAAUAAUUUAUUUACGUACAGAAUGAUUGCUGUUAUUCAAAUUGACACACAAUUAACAAAAAAUUGGAAUUUAAAAAUUUCCCUUUCCUUUAACGCUAUUCACAAUUUUGCUCUUCCGCCGAAUUGGAAUAUUAAUUGCGAGCGUCGUUCUAAUUUCUAACUCUUUGAUCAGCUGUAUGAAAUCGGAGGCAAAAAAGGCAAACCCGCGAGACUGUCAUGCCAAAAAAUGAACAGUUACUGUUUUGCUCGUACGGAAAUCAAGGCUCGUGCCGUGUAAAAAAAAAAUGGCAAUGUAGAAUUAAUGUCGUGAAAGCAACAACGAAUUUUCUAACUUUACAAGUUGUCAGUUUAGCCAAAUGAUAUCGAAAACAGUUAUACUCCGACAGCCUUUUUCUAUUUCGUGGUGUUUUCGUGACAUUGCUAUAAGGCAAGAGCGUCCUCAGCUGUCUGUAUGUUGCGUUGCCUUUUAUGGUUAAAGUUGCUCAGGAUUGGUCAGAUUUUGUUAAGGGCUCGAUCAGGCGUUGUUUGUUGUUGGGAUUUCCACAAAAUCGUUUAUUGAUUAUAACCAAUCAAUCAUUAUUUAUUUGGCCCUCUGCUGGCACGCAGAGACAGACUGUGCAGGAAAAAGCAACUUGAUGUUUAUCCCCAGCUAUUUAGAGUGCUGAAAUGUUUAAAAAAAAUGUCGGUAUUUUCCUUUCAGUCCCAAAAGUGACUAAAGUCAAAAUUCGGCCAAUUUUCAAAUUUCAUUUUUCGAAUGCUGAAAAAAUAAACAGUACCAGAUGAAAGUACUCGCAAAGAGGUUCAAUUUGAAUGGUCCAACUACAGCAUUUUGCCACACUUUUAAUGACUCCAUCUUUCAUUCUGGUGGCACGCCUGAAGUCAAACUUAAUUACUAUUACUAAGUGUCACGUACGUAUAUGUUGACGAAAUCGUUUGGUGUUGCUAUUAAAAUGAAAGCUCCUCGGCGGUAAAUUUGCAUGGCAUUAUUCGCUUAUAAGUAUUUUUCAUAAUUAAGUUUGUGAUGCUUCUUGAAUUUUGGCAACUUUGGGAGUUUUUUUGCGUUGACCUACCGACCCGUGAAAAAUACAGUUUAGUGAUGUGGCCCUUCUUGGCCACAUUGAGUUGAGAUAUCUUUUGCUUUGUUUAGUCUGUUAACUGAUUUUUUUUUGUCUUCCUAUUUUUAACAGAUCAUGUUUGAAACGUUCAACGCCCCAGCCAUGUAUGUCGCUAUCCAGGCUGUGCUUUCUCUGUACGCUUCUGGUCGAACAACUGGCAUCGUUAUGGACAGCGGUGAUGGUGUAACACACACAGUUCCCAUCUACGAGGGUUAUGCUCUUCCCCAUGCUAUCCUUCGUCUCGACUUGGCCGGCAGAGACUUGACUGACUACCUCAUGAAGAUUCUGACAGAGCGUGGCUACUCCUUCACCACCACUGCCGAGCGUGAGAUCGUGCGUGACAUCAAAGAGAAGCUGUGCUAUGUUGCUCUUGACUUUGAGCAAGAAAUGAGCACAGCCGCUUCCAGCUCCAGCUUGGAGAAGAGCUACGAGCUUCCCGAUGGACAGGUCAUCACCAUCGGUAACGAGAGAUUCAGAUGUCCUGAGGCCAUGUUCCAACCCGCCUUCCUUGGAAUGGAAGCUGCAGGCAUCCACGAGACAACGUACAACUCGAUCAUGAAGUGUGAUGUGGAUAUCCGUAAGGAUCUGUACGCCAACACAGUGUUGUCUGGUGGUUCCACAAUGUAUCCAGGAAUCGCCGACAGAAUGCAAAAAGAAAUCACAGCCCUCGCCCCACCCACAAUGAAGAUCAAGAUCAUUGCUCCUCCCGAGCGUAAAUACUCUGUAUGGAUUGGAGGAUCGAUCUUGGCGUCGCUGUCCACCUUCCAACAGAUGUGGAUCUCCAAACAGGAAUAUGACGAAUCUGGCCCCUCAAUUGUUCACCGAAAAUGUUUCUAA